GACAAUGCAAUAUUAAUGUUUGCACACGGGAGUAUUGAGCUGUUGAUAGUGCCAACGUAUACGCAUAACAAACAUAACUACCACGUCACCCGUUGAAGAAGAGCUGGAAAAAGUAACACCUACAUAAAUCAUCAUGGCUGUAGGAGGGAGCAUGGCUGGCGACAAAGGGUAUCUCAAAGGACUGCUCAAGAAAGCCUGCGCUUACUGUAAAGGAGGGCCAUGGGGCCUAGUGAGGGAUUUUUACCGAAAUAAACCUAGUGGCUAUUUCAAAGAUCUUGCAACAAUGAUGCCAACAGUAAAGGACAACGGUGGAGAUCCACGCUGUCCUGUAAACGGGAAGCUUUCGGGUGUGUUCUUUGGGGUGACCCCGUGGGACGGUGAUCUGCCAAUUAGAUCACCAUUUGGAGACACCAGAGUGAAGGUUCCCCUGGAGCGAGUCUUUGAUGAGUCAGCCAGGCUGUACUUCGCGGAUUUCUACUGUAUGUCAGGUCAAACGGAUAACCACUACGUCACAUUGGUCCUUACAAAGGCUUAUUCACCAGCGGAUGAGUUUUGUCAUCAACACCUCAUUCAUCUGGAUGAAAGGAAUAACAUUUUUCUGAUGAAGGAAGCACACAAGUUUAAUCAUCGAGACUUAGUAUCAACCUUGUUCCUGGGCAAAGUGUGGGUAGAAGUGUUCUAUACACAUAAAGUGCCCAUGCAAGGGCUGGAGCUGACAACAACAGACGUUUUGGGGAGUGGUAGAAGCACCCAGGGAGGCAUACCUAAAACAAAUGGCUGUCCAAUAUGCAAUCUUUAAUGAGUUUAAGUUGUUUUCUAGAUGGUUGUCAUAGGAGUGUUGUCUCAGUAGUGCCACUGAAUCUACUAUAAAUAAUUCUGAAUUAAUAUUUUAAUAUAUUCCUAUAUUACUUUUUGAGGCUAAUCUCCAUUUCAUAUGUGAUACCAUAACAAUAAUUGAUAAUUGUUUGCCAGGUUUUAAUAAUAUUUUAGAAAUAUAUACUUUUUUGUGUGCAUUCGACGUUUUUUUGUAGUUUCUAGAAAUAGGACUUGAAAUCACAAUUUGAGAAAGUGGAAUUCUUCAUGGUUAUGUUAUUUUCCUUUCCUUUCUUCAAUUAGACUGACUUUUCACAUAAGAGAGAUAUAUGUCAACAUUGGAAAUAUGGACUUUCCACUCCUCAGAGCAUAAUGACACUAUUAAAUGUGUCAGAUUGUUUGAAAUCGAUCUGUUUUAUGGGAAUGUCAGACAUGUAAAAAUAAAUAUAAAAAUAAUUAAGUAUUUUAGAAUUUAUUUUAGUAUAUUCUUCACUGUGAUGUAAUCAGUGUUAACCCCGUGCCGUAAAAGGCAACACAAUUGGGCAACCCCUUUUCCGGGGGUUGAGCCCCUGUGUCAGUGGAGGAAGUAAUUCUGGUCGUGGGGGGCACUGGUUCCACGUACACAGUUCCUUUGCCCAACACACUACUUUGACCCUGACUUCACCUAGACGGGUGGUUGAAUGAACCUGGUUCUAUCAAUUGGCUGGUCACGCCAUGCCCUGUGUAUGGACAACGUUCAUGUUGAAAUUGUUUUGCAUCGUUUGAAUUCUGAUAAUGAACAUUCUUAAUGAAAAUAAUGUGUACAAAUUUGCCAGAUUCCAAUGCCAGAAGGCAGUGGUUUAUGAGCUAAUCUGGUGAUAUUGACCUCCAAAUUUAAUAUGUAUCUCAUUUCUUUUCAUGGGCAGAACCAGCCUGGCAUUUAUUUUGGGUAUACAGAUAUUGCAGUUUGUAUCAUAUUUGCUGGAGUAUAACAACCCUGUAGCCCUGGUAUUUGCAUAUUGGAUAUCUGGUACAUUGCAUCACUGUCAAUAAUGGUACUCCAUGGUAGAUAACAGAACUCGGCUCUGUUAUUGAAUGGGUCUGUUAAUAAAACUGGUUUACCCUCACAAGGAAUGGUAAUUAAACAAUCAGCUUCACGUU